AUGCUUCAUACCCAUGAGAAAUACGUUUUUGGUAGAAGUCCAAAGGAAUCGGAAAGGCUCGAUAAACAGCACGAUCUACUCACGAAGAUAACCGAAAACAAUCUAAUCCACCCAUCGAUUCCUAGAGAAAGUAUUCUCUCAGUUGCAGAUAUAGCGACUGGAACUGGCAUCUGGCUCAAAGAUGUUGCGCGAGAGUUGGAGAAGUCAACUUCAGCGCAGCGUUAUUAUCAUGGAUUCGACAUCUCUCCCGACCAAUUCCCCACAGAUUCGGGUCACGUCCAGUUCUCCGUUCAUGAUAUCACCAAGCCUUUUCCAAAAGAGCACUGGAACCGGUAUGAUCUGGUUCAUGUGCGGCUAUUAGUGGCUGCUAUCGAUGAAUCUGAUUACCAGGCCGCCAUCGCCAACAUCCAUUCGAUUUUGAAGCCCGGAGGCUAUCUCCAAUGGGAAGAAAUCGACGAAGAAACAUACAUAUCCAACAACAACCCCGUUAUCUGGGAAAUCCGAAGAUGUUUCGAUUCAUCUCUCAAAGCCGAGGGUAAAUGUUUCCGGGCAUCUGCCAAAGUUCGAGAUGAAUGCAUUGCAUCGGGCUUCUGGGACGUGAUCAGGCUAGCGUAUAGCUCCGAAGAUGAUAGUAGCCUCCGCCUUGAUACGGAGAAAAGACUCGCAGCAAUUAUCGAAACUCUUUAUGCAAGUCUGUUAUUGCGAUCUGGUCAGGUUGCGGAUGAAGAUGCGGCGUCGAUGCAGGCUCAGAGGUUGAUUGAGGAGCAUCGUCGAUUCUGUCAGGAAGGGAAUUCCCCGCCAUUGAGAUUGAUGAGAGUUGUUGGCCAGAAGCCAUUGCGUGGAUCACGUCUUUGA